GCAGAACGCCAAGUGUGUGUGCCCUCAGUGCAAAAAUCCAUCCCAACAACGCCGGACACCGUCGACCGGGCCCGAUACUGCGGAGGUGCAAGUUUUUCCUCCCGCAGGAUAUCCUUCGACAACAGAAGGCGGAAAGCGCGGUACCCGAUUCCGUCGUAUCAGUGGAGAAGAGUUUUUAUGUUUGAGUGGAAUUAACGGUAAUAGUGAAGAACAAAUUGAAUUGGAUUAAAAUCAGUGCAAAACGAAGUUCUCUCUCAGUGUGAUCGGAGCAAAAGUAGAUCUAUUGUACCGCAAUAGCAGCUGUACAGUGAAAACGAACGAGAUAGUGUGUGAUUGAAGCGCCAAGAACAGCUUUUUGAUUUUUCUGGGGCGAUUUGGCAAAUCAGUUUGGAGGGCGAAAGCCAGACACGCUGACCUGUGGGGUCCUCUGUGCAGCAAUCUGGUGGUUCGGAGGCCAUCACCAUUGAAGGAGGAUCAUUUAGCGAAUACUAGGAUAUAGGAAAACAGUCGCCAUGAUUAGCAGGAGUUCGAGCCUUAGAGGGCUCGAAUCGAUAGCAUCCUUUCUUAUAAUAGUAACGAUAGUCGUGACGUCACAAGUUAAUGCUGCACCUAUGUAUGAGAGCGAUCAGACUGACUUAGAGAGCUAUGGCGAAUCGGCGGGCUGCUACUAUAACUACAAUCACUACAGCGAAGGUGAUCGUAUCAUGACGAACGAGCCCUGCCUGAACUGUACCUGCCACGACCGUAUGCUCAUGUGCUACCUGCGAGUAUGCCCAUUCACCAAAGCGAUCGGCCAGGACUGUACGAUCGAGAAACGUGAGGAUCAGUGCUGCCCGGUGAUCACCUGCCCCGAAGUGGAAGUACAGCUGGUUGACCACCAGACGACAGCCGGACCCGAUGCUGCUGGCAGCUCAACGGCCGUUGGUUCCCUCGAUCAGUAUGGCUGUACGAUUGAAAACAGGUUCUAUCCGGAAGGAGCUCAAGUGCCAUCUAACCCCCACAAGCCUUGCGAACUGUGCUACUGUAUCCGUAAUAUGACCACUUGUGUUAUGCAGGAGUGUACGCUACACAUUGAUGGAUGCCAGCCGAUCUAUAACAAGGGCGUGUGUUGUCCAGUACGAUACGAUUGCGAUCACGAUAGGGAUUCGAGCCCGAUGCAAUUGGAAGAUGAAAUGACUACUACUGUCCGCCCGACGCCUGGCUUCAUCCUUACGACCACGAUGUCUCCGGCCACCUCUACGGACUGUGUCCACAAUAGCGAGGUGUACGCCGAUGGUGCUAUGAUCAUUACCGACAAACCGUGUGAACACUGCUACUGUAUGCGCGGAGACAUCGUUUGCGCCGUCCAAGAAUGCGGAACUCCACUAGAGAACGAAGGCAAGAACUGCACAGCACUUCCGCCAGCACCAGGACAGUGCUGCCCGGAUACGUACAUGUGCGACGGAGGAAUAGAUGCCGCCGCUACCACGCUCCGACCAGAUUCCGAUGACCUGGUCACCGAACGCGAAACCGCCACAACCGCCAAGGCUCCGAGCAGCGACGAAGUUGCCAGUGCAUCGAUCGAUGACGACGAAGAUGUUCACCUCCCUGGUGCCAUGGUUGAUGACAAAUCGGAAAGCGAAGAAGAAACCGACGUCGAAGUCGAACCAGUACCUCACGCCGAUGAUGACGACGAAAGUGUGGAACAUGAUGAAGAACAACACCACGAAGAACCCGAGAAACCAAUUGCCGAUGAGAAACCAACCACUAGUCAACCAAGCCAAGCCGACGAGAAGGAGGCCACCACUCAGACCGCUGUACAGGACGAGAAGGACCAAGAAACACCCGAAGUCCCAGUCGAAUCUGAUGAUGUUCAGGAACAAGAUGAAGAACUUAAGGUCACCACAGCAGCAGCACCCGAAGCCGACGCCAAGCCAGAACACGAUGAGGAACCUAAAGCCACCACAGCUGCCGCCCCUGAAGCGGAUGCCAAACCAGAGCACGAUGAAGAGGAAUCAAAGGUCACUACUGCAGCAGCCCCCGAAGCUGACGCCAAGCCUGAAUCCGAGAAAGAUAACGAAAUCGAUGAACAGCCAGCCAUCAGCCACGAUGUACAAGAGGACGCUGUCACCACCGAGCAACCAUCUGAACCCGAGAAGGAUCUAAUUGCACCAACAGUUGCUCCCACUGAUGACGAAGCCGCAUCAUACACCACCGUUAGUGCGCCAAAGGCCGAAGCUGCUCCAGCCGAAACUACCACCGCUUUUGCCUUCACUGCCAGCGACGAUGACGUCGGUCAGACAACCGAAAGCCGCACGUACCUGCCGCCAUUCUCCGAUUCUGAAACCACUACCGUUCGUGUCGAGUCCGAUGAACCAGCAUUCGCUACAACCACGGCACCUCUUGCCGCGGCUGUCGACGAAACCGCCGAGUCUGAUGACAAACCAGAAAGCUCCGCACCAGAAGCUGACCAACCAGAAGCCCCGGCCACCACCGUGAAGAGUAUCGAAUCCACUACCUACACUAAGGAACCGGCACACAAGUACGAAGACAACCUUCCAGAGCAGGACUUUGUUGAGCUGCCACCAGCCGAGAUCGUUACCGAGUUGCCACCGAUCCCAACAACCGCACGCAUCCCAGAAAUGCCCACCGAAGAAGUUGCAACUCAGCUGCCACCGGAGGCUGACUCGCACGUGCUGGACGAUUCCUUGACCACCCUGGCCCCUGCUGCAGCCGAUGUAGGUGCCCCAGCCGAAGACGAGAAACCUGCCACCGUGAACUUGGACGAACCAGUCGAAAUGAACACCGUCAUUCCAUCGAGUGACGAUAAGGCACCACUGGAACCAGAAAAGCAGACCCCAGACCAAUUGUUCCCAGAAGCCAUCCCCGGCGAAGGCGAUUGCUUAGUUGAUGGAUCUACAGUCAGAAACAACGCUCUGAUCCCCGCAAACAACAAGUGCCAGGUUUCGUGCAAGUGUAUCAACAGUGUGGUGAAAUGUGAAAUGGUUCAGUGUGCUGCCGCUCCAGCCAAGGAUUGCGCUCCUGUGCCAGCUGCUCCUGGCGAGUGCUGCCCAACAUACAAGUGCAACGCUGUAGUACAGGACGAAAGUGUCUCGGAAUCCGAUAGCGACAGCGAUACAUCCUCAGUCUCCGAAGAUGCCAAGGAGCCAUCCACCGAAAGUUCCUCAUCAUCCGAUGACACCACCGAAGAGUCUAAGGAAGAAGAUGAACCAUCAGAAAGUGAUUCGUCGUCGUCCGACGACAGUGACGAGGAGGAAGAAUCCAACCAGGUCGAAGAUCAAGGCAAAGUAACUACCCGACGACCAAUCCAAGCGACCACACCCGCCAAAUCCGAAGAACAAGAUCAGCCAUCUGAAAGCGACUCGGAGUCUUCGGAUAGUGAAACCGACUCGGAUGAAGAAGAUGAACCAGUUAAGGUCACCUCAGCUCGUCCAGCAUAUGCCGAACCGAAACCAGAAUCCACUACCACAGCUAAGGUCAGCGACGACGAAACAGAACAAGAAAAGGUCACAUCAGCUCCAGUGCUCGAUGAAAGUCUGCCCACCGAAAGCCAAGUGGCAGAGAAGGAGCCUGAACAUGACGACGAUAAACAAGCAGUGGAACCAGUGGAUGCUGAGAAGGAACAAGCCCAACCAACUACUGCUGGACCGGUUGCCGCCGAUGAAGUACAGACAACCGUGGCAAGCGCUGCAGCUGACACUCCCACCGAAGAAGAAUCAUCAGUUGCUCCUGCUGACGAGAAACCAGUUGCUCACGAUGAAGCUACUACCGCACAAACCGUCGAACAAACUGAUGAGAAGGAACCCGAACCAGUUGUUGCCGAUGUGGAACAAGACGCCGUUGAGCCCGCGAAACCAGAAGAAGAUCUCCCAGCUGAACCAGUCGCUGCUACCACAGUCGCCGCUGAAAAGGAUGCGGAACAAGAUGUGCCUUCUGCUACUACCGUCGCUGCCGCUCAGGAUGAAGAAGUGCCAGCUGAAGCUACAACUGCCAAGCCUGCGAUCGCACUCGAUGAACAGCCGAAACCGGAAGACGACGAAUCACAGAAGCCCGAAGAUGUGUCGGCAACUACCACCGCGUCUGUUGAUGCUUCUGCUGAUGACGUUGCUGCUCCAACCGAGAAGGACACUAAGCCAGAAAGCGCAGCCACUGAACUACCGGAAGCUGAAGCCCCUGUAACAGUGAAAGCACCCGAACGCGACGACACUAUUCACUUCCCAGUGGACGAAGAACCGGAACAUGAUUACGGCCAGGUACCACACAAACCAGUUUUGCCAGUCGAGGAAACAGAAGACGAACACCCGGUGGAACAUGACGAUAGCAUCCACUUCCCGGUCGAUGAAGAAGAUGAAGCACCAAUCUUUACGCCCACAGUCAGUGAAGAUCAAGCAGAGGAUGAUGAGCAGAAACCAGUCGAUGAUCAUGUGCCUGGUCAUGUUGAGGAAAGCGAACCGAUUGUGCCAGUGACGCAAGCAGCUGCUGAAGAAGCCACUACAUUGAAGGCCGCUGAGGAAGCAACCACUGAUAAGGCUCAACCAGAAUCGGAUAGUGCAUUGGAUGACAAGAUCGACGAAGAUAAGCCGAUUCAACCGACAUUCGAUGAUGCGAUAACUACCAGUGCUCCUGCAGCGCAGGAAGAUGCCAAGGAACCAAUUGCCGAUGAUGAAGCUCAAGCGGCGACAACAAGUGCACCAGCAAGCCAAGAUGCAAUCACUCCGGAAAUGCCACCAGAAGAAGUUCACACUCAAAUGCCACUGGAAUCCGACGAUCAGAUCAAGGAUCAUGAUGCAGCACCGGCGACUCAAGCCGCACCUGUAAGUGAUGUUGAACAAGAGGCGGAGAAGGAACCAGAAACUGAAGCCGAUGCCAAUGUGAGCUCUGAAGAAGAACAAGAACACGUUCCGGUGAGUCAAGAUGCGGGCGGCGAAGACGAGGGAAGCAGCGAAGAAGCUAUUGUGCAUGAAGUUCAACCACCAACAUCAGAUGAAAAGGAUGAAGCGGAGGAAAAACCAGUUUCGGCCGAUGAGGUGAAACCGGUUGAACAGGACACUAAACCUGUUUCUGCGGACGAUAAGAUUACGUCAGAAGAUGAAGAACAGAAGCCAAUUGCCUUCGAUGACGAAAAACCAACUGAGGUAGAAGUUAAGCCGGUAUCGAGUGACGAUGUUAAGCCUACUGAAGAGGAAGAGAAACCUGCAGCUGCCGCUGACGAGAAACCAGCUGAAGAAGAGCAGAAACCAAUCUCGGCUGCUGAUGAAAAGCCAAUCGAAGAAGAACAGAAACCAGUUUCUGCUGAUGAUGAAAAACCAGCAGAAGAAGAACAGAAGCCAGUCUCGGAUGACGAUAAGAAGCCAACUGAAGAAGAACAGAAGCCAGUUUCUGCUGACGAAGUGAAACCGGAUGAAGAAGAACAGAAGCCGAUCCCUGCUGCCGAUGAUGAAGCUGCUAAAGAGGAACAGAAGCCAGUUUCUGCGGAUGACGUGAAACCGGAUGAGGAAGAACAAAAACCGAUCUCUGCCGAUGAAAGUGAACCUGCUCUGGAGGAACAGAAACCAGUGUCCGCUGAUGACGAAAAACCAUCUGUAGAAGAAGAGAAGCCAGUCUCUGCGGACGAAGAAGAACAGAAGCCUGUUUCUGCUGACGAAGUGAAACCGGAUGAGGUUGAACAGAAGCCCAGCUCUGCUGAUGACACUAAGCCCACUGAAGAGGAACAGAAACCGGUCACUGCUGAUGAUGUGAAACCUUCUGAAGAGGAACCAGUUGCUACGGAUGAUGUUACAUCAGAUGAAGAUGAAGUUACGCCUGCUGUUUCUGACGAUGAUAAACCAGCCGAAGAACAGAAACCAGUUGUGGCUGACGAAGAAGAGCAAAAACCAGCACUUACUGACGACGAGAAACCAACUGAAGAACCUAAGCCAGUAUCUGCUGACGAUGAGAAGCCAACUGAGGAAGAACAGAAACCAAUUGCAGCUGACGAUGAGAAGCCAACCGAGGCAGAACAGAAACCAAGUGCUGCUGACGAUGAGAAACCAGCUGAAGAAGAGCCAAAACCAGUAUCGGCGGCUGAUGAAAAAACAACAGAGGAAGAACAGAAACCAAUUGCAGCUAGCGAUGAUACUGGAGCUGGAGAAGAACAGAAACCAGUUACUGCUGAUGAUGAAAAACCGGUUGAAGAAGAGCAGAAACCAGUCGUUGUUGAUGAUGGAAAACCAGCUGAAGAAGAACAGAAACCAGUCACUGCUGAUGAUGAAAAACCGGCCGAAGAAGAGCAGAAACCAACUCCUGUUGACGAUGAGGAAGUGAAACCAUCUGUUGAAGAAGACCAGAAGCCAGCUGACGAUGAGAAACCAACGGAAGAAGAACAGAAACCAGUUGUUGCCGAUGAUGGAAAACCAGCUGAGGAGGAAGAACAGAAACCUGUCGUGUCUGAAGAUGGAAAACCAGCCGAAGAAGAACCCAAGCCUGUUAGUGCUGAUGAUGAGAAACCUGCCGAUGUAGAAUUGAAGCCAGUUGUUUCUGACGACGAGAAGUUAGCUGAAGAUGAACAGAAGCCUAUUGCCGCUGAUGAUGGAAAACCAGUUGAAGAAGAACAGAAGCCAGUUGCCAUCGACGACGAUAAACCUACUGAGGAAGAACAGAAGCCAGUUUCGGCUGAUGAUGAGAAACCAACUGAAGAUGAAGAUAAACCAGUUUCUGCUGAUGAGGAAAAACCCGCUGAUGUAGAGAAGCCAGUGUCUGCGGAUGAUGAGGUAGAAAGUACUCCAGCGAGUGUCGAUGAUGGAAAACCAGUUGAAGAUGAAGACAAGCAGAAACCUGUGGCUGCUGAUGAACAGAAACCAGUUUCCAGUGAUGAUGAUGCGGCUGAAGAACAGAAACCAUUGGCUACGGAUGACGAAAAGCAAACUGAACCCUCUGUUAGUGACGAUGAACAAAAACCAAUUUCUUCCGACGAUGCCAAGCCAACCGACGAUGAAGUUAAACCAACAGUGGUAAGCGAUGCUAAGCCAACGGAAGAUGAAGAAGAAAAGCCAGAACUUGAUGAAUCCGCUACCACUGCUGCCACAACCGCGGACGAAGAACACAAGCCUGAAAGUGACGAAUCGGCUACUUUGGCUGCUCCUUCUGCCGACGAAGAAAAGCCAGCCGUACCGGCCGUGGAUGAAGCUAAACCAGUUGAGGACAAACCGGAGUUCGAUGAGGAUGAACCAAAGGCUACAACAACUGCUCCGGUUAAGGAAGCUGAUGAAGAAGACAGCGUGGAAGAUGCACAACACGAACCGACGGUUACCGAUGAAGAUGAGUCGACAGAAGUUGCUAGCGAAGACGACAAAGAACACGAACAUGACAAGACUCCAGCUGUUGAAGCCGAUGAGGAACAGAAAGAAUCUGAUGACGUAGCACCCGCAACGACACCAGCCGCUGAUGAGCAGAAGACUCCAGUUGAAGCUGACGAGGAAGACAAACCAGAGCCCGCACAGGAUUCAGAAGUGUUGACUCCAGAAAUCGAGGCAACCACGACUGCUGCCAAGGAUGAAGUUAAACCAGAUCAGGAUGAAGCUAAACCAGAUGUGGAAGCCGAUGGUCUUGCACCAACUGAAGCACCAGUUAAGGCUGAAGAUGAUGUUGCUGAAGAACCGAAGCCGACUCCAGUGGCUCACGAUGAACAGACUUCGCAACAGGAUGUUGAUGCUACGGAAGCCCCAGUAAAGGAAGCAGAUGAAUCACAAGCUCCGACUACCGUAUCUUCUGUUGCUGCUGAUCAAGAUGAAGAAGAAAAACCAGCUGAGGAUGGCAAGGAACCAGAAGCGGAUAAACCAGGUGUGACAUUGGAGGAUGAUGAAGAGGAACAAAAACCAGCGGUUGAACCUGUUGAAGCCGAUGAAGAAGAGCACGACACACACAAGCCGGAAGCUGACGAGGAUGAAAAAUUGGCAACUGCUACAGAAUCUGUCGAUAAACCAGAAACCACUGUGGCUCCCUCAAAGGAUGAGGAGGAAAGUGAUAAACUAAAGCCCACACCUUCAGCAGAUGCUGAUGAAAUCGAAAAGGAUGAACAAGCUCCAACAAUUGCACCAGAAUCUGAUAAGCCUGCAUCAACCGACGAAGCUUCAGCAGGAGUGCUUGAAACUGAAAAACCAGCAAUUACAUCGGAUGAAGAAGAAACAAAACCAACUCAACCAAUUGAGGCUGAUGAAGAGGAACAUACACCAGCUGUUGAGCCAGUUGAAUCUGAUGAUCAAGCAGAACCCGUUGAAAGCGAUGAAGAAGAAAAGCCAGCUGUAGACCAAGUCGAAAGUGAUGAGGAGGAUAAACCAACUGACGAUACCACUGUAACUACCAGCCCAGCUGCUGAUGAAACGAAACCAGAGGAUGAGGAAGUUAAACCCGCCUUUGACAAGGAAGACGACUCAGCAACUGAAUCAGCAAUCAAGGAACAAGACAAGCCUGUUGAAGCAGAGAGUGAUGAGGAGUCUAAGCCAGCUGACGUUACCACAGCUGCACCAGCUGACGAACUGCAACCCACAACUUCUUCUACGCCAGAAAAGGAAUCCGACGAGGGCCAGAAACCAUUACCAGUUGAGUCUGAUGAAGAAGACAAGCCAGCUCCAGAAGCUGAUGAUCAAACUAAACCAAUUGAUGCCGAUGAAGAGCCAACUGCUACGCAAGCACCAACCAAGGUAUCUGAUGACGAAGAAGAAACUACUCAAGGGCUCCCAGCCGCUGACGAUGAACAAAAACCAUCCGUUGAAGAUGAGAAACCGGUUGAAGUGCAACCAACUGCUGAUGAAGAACAGAAACCAGCCGACGACAAGGAACCAGCGGAAGUGCAGCCAACUGCUGACGAAGAACAGAAACCGAUCGUUGAUGGAGAAAAACCAGCUGAAGUGCAACCAACCGCUGAUGAAGAACAGAAACCUGCUGUCGCUGAAGAUAAACCAGCGGAAGCGCAACCAACUGCUGAUGAAGAGCAGAAGCCUGUUGACGAUGAAGAAAAACCAGCGGAAGUGCAGCCAACUGCUGACGAAGAACAGAAACCGGUCGUUGAUGGAGAAAAACCGGAUGAAGCGCAACCAACCGCCGAUGAAGAACAGAAACCUGCUGUUGACGAAGAUAAACCAGUGGAAGUGCAACCAACCGCCGAUGAAGAAGAGAAGCCUGUUGUCGACGAAGCGAAACCAACUGAACCAACCGCCGAUGAAGAAGAUAAACCAACCGAAGUGCAACCAACCGCCGAUGAAGAAGAUAAGCCAACCGAAGUGCAACCAACCGCUGACGACGAUCAGAAACCUGCACUCGAAGAAGAAGAAGAAACAAAACCAACUCCUUCGUCAGAUGACGUACAACAACCAGAACUUGAUGAGAAGGUCGAGGAGGAGCCAGUUAAAUCUGACGACGCGGCACCAACCACCACAGCGCCAGCUCUGGAUAGCGAAAAGGAAAGCGAUGAAACUGGCAAGCCCACAAUCGAGGAAGAGCGCGACGAAGUUCAAACAACUCCAGCGCAGUCCGCAGUGGAGUCUGACGAUGAAUCAUCGGAACAAGAAGUUGCUACACCUGUCGCUACUCCUGAGGAAGGUCCCAAACCAGUGGAAGCGGAUGAAGAGCAAAAACCAGAGGUGGCAGAACCAGUCACAACUGCAUCUAGCGUUGCUGCUGAUGCUGACGAAGAACAGAAGGAAGUUACGCAAACCGUGCCAAUUGCCGACGACAAGGGUGAACUCCCGGUAAGUUACGAUGAUGAGACGCCAGCCUCAGCCACAUCCGCUGCUCCGUCAGAGAGCGCCAAGGAUGAAGAAGAAGCAGCGCCCACAACAACGGCCCCUAUCAAGUCUGAAGAAGUCGAUAAGGUGACUGAGAGCACAACCGUCGCAGCUGCAGAUGUUACCGCCGCACCGAUUGCGCCGAUAUCUGAUGAAAGCAAGGAAGACGAUAAAUUAGCCACUCAGGAUGAAGUUCAGAAACCUGUUGAAGAAGAUGUUCAGAAACCAGCCGAGGAAAAACCUGUGGUUGCCGACGAAGACGAAGACUUGCAGCAGCAAUCCAAACCCGUGUUUGACGACAAGGAAGACGAAUCUCAGAAACCGGUAACGCCUGGCUAUGAGGACAGUUACUUGCCAUCGAGCACCAAGAAACCAGAUGUUGACAGUCCACCUGCAUCGUACGGACCACCCGGAGGCCAGCAGUACGAUCCUGGAUACGGACACAUGCCUCCACACUAUCCACCAUCGUCCUACGAAGACGACUACACGGACGAGGAAGAUCCAGCCUCAUUCGGACCGGGCACCUGCCGGUACGGUGGAAAGCUUUACGUGUCCGCACAGCAAAUUCCGCGGGAAGAUCCGUGCGAUUUCUGCUUCUGCUUCCGCAGUGACAUCAUCUGUUUGCAGCAGUCGUGCCCGCCGCCAAUCAGCGGAUGCCACGAAGAACCCAUCUCCGGUUUCUGCUGUCCACGGUACGAAUGCCCGGUGUCGAUGGCCACGGUACUCAACGUGACGACCAGUACGACAACCACCACGACGACGUUGCCACCGCAUUUCCUGUCGCACGCCUACAAGGGAUCAGUGACGAAACGUGGCUGCCAGAUCCAGGGCAAGGCGUAUCAAGUCGGUGAAACGGUGGCGUCCGCCAGCGGUCCCUGUAUGCGAUGCUUAUGUGGCGGCGAUGGCCAGAUGAAGUGCGAACCUAAGGCCUGCAGUCCCGAGCCCAUGCUACAGCAAAUGAUUGCGGUGGCGGCAUCCCGAAGGCGAUGAAGCGUUUAGCCGAGCAGCCGACAAGCGACCGAGAGUAUGGAAUGGAAGAAGCCAGGGAGAAUAAACAAGAGAGAAAGAGCGAGAUUGCGAGCGAAUACAACGUUAAAGAGGUAAUCUCACGUUAGAACUCAUUUUUCAAACUAGGAAAAACAGGAACUGUACGAUACGGAAAACCAGGAUAGGAAAGAGAUGUAAUUGUCGUUAGGUUGCAUCUCGUGGCGAGUGUUUGGGAAGCGGAUAACGAAGGUGGUUUAAAGAAAAGAAAGACGCGUCACACGAAGCAAAGUAGCUCAUUUUUCCAAAAGACUUGAUACAACAAUCACUCAUAGGCAGCACACGCACACAUCCACAAAUCACGCGCAAACAGAACAGUAAAACCGAGACAACGAUUUCUAGAUCAAGGAUCAUCUGAUUGACGACGGCCAUUUUGGAAUACGUUCAAUAUGGCCGGCUUCGAUCUGGUGAGCCGGUACUCUAAUUUUUAUUUUGUGUACAGCUGAUUUUUUCGAACUAACAAUCUUUUGAAAUUCGUAAAUGAGAAAUGAAAGCAGAUACAACCGUUAGGAAAAUACCAUAAAGUGGUCGUCGUGUCUCAUACAAUUACUUCUAGUCUCUCUGUUUUACGUUUUUUUUAUAUAGAAAGGAAUGGCAAAGGAAAGGAAGCGAUAAGAAUUUAGCAAUGGACCGUAGCAGAACACUCACUCACACCGAUACAAUUCGCCGAAAUCUUGUCCUUUUAACAUAGAUGUUUGUUUUAGCAGACACCAAAAGCUCAAAAUUCUGACGUGAAUGCACACAUACACACAGACACAUCGAAUAGAUAUCCCCUCAGUGCGUUCUUGUAAGUGUAAAAAAAAUCUAACCUCAAUGUGAAUGUUAUUUUUAUACAUGGAUAUGAAUAUGCAUUUCCGUUUUUUUACGUGUUAAAUUUAUUAAUUUUUGAUGUAAUAGAACGUGUAGAAUAUGAGUGUUACGAGAGUGAACGCGAUGGUGCAUCGACUCGCCCCUCGUGCCAAACGCUCUUCUCUGUGUGUCAACCGUUCCAUUUGUCGUUUCGAUCAAAGGGAACGCAAAUCUCACCGCAUAGGAAUUACAAAUGAGAUCGAACGACGAUAUGACGCGUGUAGGAAUGAAUAGGAUUAAGCGACCACCUUUAGCUGCCCCCAUAUCUACCGUAACUUUUCUGUUUAUUGCUUCUGAAAUCCGAUCACCAGAAAACGACCCGCUAUUGACAGUGUUACCAACUCCUACACAGUUUCCAUGGUGAGAGAGAGACAACCACAUCACAAACAAAACCACUGAACUUUUCAUUCAAAAGCAUCCAAAACGAAACAAAAAACACAAGCGAAGAUACGAGUUGUGAUAUGUAUUAUUAGUGUAAACACGUAACGAAACUAACUUUUGCAUUUUCGGGUACGAACACAUUCCAUCGAGCAUGUUUGCAGAACUUACAAAAACAAAACGGUUUUAAAGCAGUGAUGAAGCGAGAUCGAGUCAAUGAGUUCCACCAAAUGAGUUCGACCGAUCGAAUGUUACACGAUUGCUUGAACCUGAUGGAACUCGGCUUGGUCCCCAACGUCAAUAUAUCAAUAGAAUGGCAAUAACAAAAUUUACCUUUUUCCGACUCUCUGGUCGUCUCUUCUCAUCUAUUCACUCAUCACUAAAAAAAAUACAAUUUUUAUAACUCCAGCUGAUGAGUUCCCUCAAGUCAUUCACACACUGAAAUACCCACACCCGAAAACAAACACAAACGUUAAACAGAAUCGCGGGGGCGAGCAGAGAGCGUGAAAGAUGUAAAUAUUACUAAUUUAUAGAAAGGAACGAUAAAAGUGAAUUAAAUUAACGACACUAGGGUUUUAAAUCACAUGUUUUUACUUUCGAGCUGAAGUGAACGAAAAAAAAGCUCGAAGUAAUUCAAAAUUAUCUAUUAAUUUAAUUAAUUAGCCAGAAAGCUCAAGUAAGUAAAACAAGAGAGUAUUUUUUUAUUUUAGUUUAUGUGUUUCUGUCCCUUCUUUUUUAUAUUUGUAUAUUUGCCAUAAUUUUAAUAAAUUUCAAAAACUACUUUUGCAAAAUUAAUUUUCGAAGGAGACUCAAGCUAGUAAGAAAACAAAAAAAAGUUAAGCAAUAUUCAAAUUUAGACACGAACAAAAUCCUUUCCCAAAAAGCAUAAAAAGACGAAAAAAAUGCAAACUGAGUAUUGAAACUAUCGAUUUAACUGUAUUACUUAGCUAUUAAUUUACUCAAAAUGAAAGCAAAAGCUCAUGCAUAACUGUAGAUCCAGGUAACAUCAGCAGCAGUGAACACAGAACCAGUGUUGAAGUAAGUCGACCGAUAAAAAAAAUGUGUCGCGAAACCCAGAACGUGAUGUGUGAGUGCCGGCAAAACACUCGGCGCGGAACUCACACAAACACCAAUCGAAGCAAAGCGAAAGCAAGAACGCUUGAACCAGAGCGACAUUAGCUUGCCCGUGCCGUACCUCUUCCAGGAGCUCGCUCAGUCUUAUUUAUUUUCCACUAACACCAAAACGUUAAAAUUUCUGUAGUUAUUAGUCUACGAUUGCACCCGAUUAUCAAGCUCAUCACCAUACACGACAACUCAAAGUACUUAUCCGGGGUGACGGUCACAAUUGUUUGCAUCCAUAUCCCAAAUAAGUAUAUAGCAAGAGAGCAUUAGACAGCGCGAAAAUGAAUCAUGUUACUUCCUUAAGUUAUUAUCAGAUUUUAAAUAUGUCGACAAGAUAGAGUUCGCAAGCAAUCGGUACAAGGCCAUGUGUGAGGACGAUUGCUUCCUAAGUUUAUCUUCCACCCAAUACGAUGACCUCUUCCGCUGUCUAUCAAGUGAACAUAUAGAUUAACCUAAUUAUACGGAGCGAGCGAGCGAGCAAACACACUCUCAGCGAAAAUGGCAACGGCACGGCUGCGACCAGAAAUCUUGCUCGGGUUCAGAACCAGAAGUCGCAGGUUUUUUGUUUUCAAUCAGAUCAUUCAUUGAUACGAAACCAAGAUCAGAAUUGAUGUCACCCGCCAAACACUACUUCGAAGCUAGUGGCUCCUUGUUUCAUUUGUUUUCUUAUCACUCAAGUGCGUAUGAGUGCGCACACGAUCGGUUAAAAUUUAUAGCGAAAAAAAAUGAGAACAGUGCGGAUUUUUUGGAAACAAGAUACUAAACAUGAGACAAAAAUAUGAUCACAAAUCAACAAAAGAGAAGACAGAUGACAGUGACGAAGAAGUGAGAAAGCAAAAAAUAUGAGAAAAAAUCAGGAUAUUUUUAAGUGUCCUUUUAUACUGAAAUAAAAUUUUUACGUAAAAAUUGAAUAAAAAUAAA